UAUAUCUAGAUAGUGACUUAUAUCUGUUUCUGUCAUAACCCAAUAAAUUCGAAGCUUAAAGUAGUUGUUCACUCAGGAAAUUAUCAGCAAGAACAAUCAUGAGUAACCCUUCUUUCUUCUUCUUCUUCUUCUUCAUUGCUUCCUUUUUCUUUGCCUCUUUUGCUUUUGCUUCUGGAGCCACUCUGCCUCAGGAUGAAGUGGAAGCUCUGAAAGAUAUAGGUAAGAGACUUGGGAAGAAGUGGGAUUUCAGCGUAGAUCCAUGCAGUGGAGAAAGAAAUUGGUCAGGAAAUGAUAAUAAUAUCACAUGGGCCUAUGACAUUCACAAUGGAACCGUCUGCCAUGUCACCCGAAUAUUUUUGAAAUCACAAAGUCUUCCGGGUAUGCUCCCGCAGAAUCUAUUCAAGUUGCCUUAUCUUCAAGAAAUUGACCUCUCUCGCAACUAUCUGAAUGGCACAAUUCCUAAAGAAUGGGGCUCAACGAAACUUGUCACCAUUGCCCUCCUUGGAAAUCGAUUGACAGGUUCAAUACCAAUCGAGAUAACAAAUAUAUCCACUCUUGAAGAUUUGAACUUGGAAGCCAAUCAAUUGUCUGAAAGCCUUCCUCCUGAGCUUGCUAAUUUAACCCAAAUUCGAAGAUUGGUACUUUCCUCCAAUAAUUUUACUGGAGAACUUCCGGUUGCAUUGGGCAAACUCUCUGAAUUGAAAGAUUUUCGAAUAGGGGACAAUCAAUUUUCUGGGAAGAUACCUGACUUCAUUCAAAAUCUGAGAAAUCUAGAGAUAUUGAGGAUUGAAGGGAGUGGAUUAAGUGGACCAAUUCCUUCUGGAAUUUCAGAUCUGCAAAACUUAAUUGACUUGAUAAUUAGUGAUCUAAGAGGAUCUGAAACUUCAACUUUUCCUCUACUUGAUAAAAUGAACUUGGAGAAGUUGAUUCUGAGAAAUUGUAACAUCAUUGGAGAUUUACCCGAAUAUCUUGGGAAAAUCGCAAGUUUAGAUGACAACUUAGACCUCAGCUUUAACAAGUUGACUGGACCAAUUCCAAAUACCUAUGCUGCCCUAGCAACAAAAGUGACGAACAUAUAUUUAACUGGAAAUCUUCUAAAUGGACCACUGCCUUCAUGGACAGAGAAAGCCAAGUCAAUAGAUGUUUCAUAUAACAACUUAACUAUCACAGGCCAACAGAGUACAACUUGUAACCAAAAAAAUAGGAACUUAUUUGCUAAUUCCAUCACGAAUGGCUUAGGAGAAGAUGCUUGUUUGGAAGGUCAUACAUGUUCCAAAAUGUUAUACAAUCUUCGUAUAAAUUGUGGUGGAAAUGCGGUAACAGUCAAUGGAAACACAUAUGAUGAUGAUGUAGAUGAUGGAGAUGCAACUAGAUUUCUUUGGAAUAGAGGGAGAAAUUGGGCAGUUAGCACUACUGGUAACUUUAUGAAUAAUAAUAAUUAUCAUGCAGGAAAGUAUCUAGUCUCAAAAACAUAUGGGCUUUCUACGAAGAAUGUUGACAUGUACACGACUGCACGAGCUUCUCCCAUUUCAUUGACUUAUUAUGGAUUUUGCUUGCAAAAUGGAAACUAUACAAUAUUUUUGCAUUUUGCUGAAAUUGUGUUCACUGAUGAUCAAACGUUUAACAACUUAGGAAGACGAGUAUUUGACAUCUACAUUCAGGGAAAACUAGUGAAAGAAAGCUUCAAUAUUGCAGAAGAAGCAGGAGGUAAUGGUAAGCCAAUCAUAAAAAAAUUUACUACUGUUGUGAGUAAUAAUACCUUGAAUAUACGCUUGAAUUGGGCUGGAAAAGGGACAAUUGCACUCCCAUUUGGAUCAGUAUAUGGUCCUCUUAUAUCAGCUAUAACUGUGAACUCAGACAAUCCACCUGGAAGUAGCAUAUCAGUAGGCAUUGUGGUUGGAAUUGUGGUUGCAUUGGUAGUUAUUAUCAUCCUUUUGGUUGGUAUACUUUGGUGGAAAUGCUGCUUAAGAAAGAAAAGCUCCUUAGAAAGAGAGUUAAAAGGUUUAGAAUUACGAACAAGUGUAUUCACUUUAAGACAAAUAAAAUUGGCAACAAACAACUUUGAUGAGGAGAAUAAGAUUGGAGAAGGAGGAUUUGGUCCUGUGUACAAGGGAUGUCUAUCUGAUGGGACACUAAUAGCAGUAAAACUACUCUCUUCUAAAUCAAGACAAGGGAAUCGAGAGUUCUUAAAUGAGAUAGGAAUGAUUUCAGCUUUGCAACAUCCUUAUCUUGUUAAAUUAUAUGGAUGUUGUGUAGAGGGAAAUCACCUAUUGUUGGUAUAUGAGUAUAUGGAAAACAAUAACCUUGCUCGUGCUUUAUUUGGCCCAGAAGAACUCCAGAUAAAAUUGGAUUGGCCAACAAGAUACAAGAUUUGUGUUGGUAUUGCUAGAGGUUUAGCUUACCUCCAUGAAGAAUCAAGAUUGAAGGUUGUUCACAGGGACAUUAAGGCCACUAAUGUAUUGCUUGAUAAAGAUCUCAACCCAAAGAUAUCAGACUUUGGUUUGGCCAAACUUGACGAGGAAGAAAAUACUCAUAUUAGCACUCGAAUAGCUGGGACAUAUGGAUAUAUGGCUCCAGAAUAUGCCAUGCAUGGUUAUUUGACUGAUAAAGCAGAUGUCUAUAGUUUUGGAAUUGUUGUCUUGGAAAUUAUAAAUGGAAGGAACAAUACCAUUCAUCGACAAAAAGAAGAAUCGUUCUCAAUUCUUGAUUGGGCACAUAUGUUGAAAGAGAAAUGUGAUCUAAUGGAGCUAGUGGAUAGAAGAUUGGGUUCAGACUUUAACAAAGAAGAGGUAUUGGUGAUGAUAAAAGUGGCUCUAUUAUGCACUCAAGUGACUACAACACUGAGGCCAACAAUGUCAUCAGUAGUAAGCAUAUUGGAAGGAAAAAGUGUUGCUGAGGAAGUGGUUACAGAAGCAAGUGAGCUAUUGGAUGAGAAAAAGAUGGAUGCAAUGAGAACAUUUUACAAUCAGCUACAUAUAGAAGUGCCAUGGACUGCUUCAUCUACAUCUGCGUCAGAUCUCUAUCCCACACAUCUUGAUUCAUCUUUUUUGGACAAGAGAAAUCAUCUCUAAAGAAAAAUUCCUACCACGUCAUGACAGUCUCUAAAUUUGCAACAUCAACAAAACAUUUUCAUAUUGUAAUGUCUUUUCCUAAUAAAACCAGUUAUCAUUCUACUAUCUAGCUUCUGUUCAUUUUAACUCAAAUAAUUUUAAUUUGUGGCUACAACAUAAAUACUUUUAAUAAUAAUAUUUUUGUAUGGAGCAUUAU